GCUUUCACAUUACAGCGACGGCAGCUGUAGCGAGUGGUUCGGCCUAAAAUUGGUCGUACUGCUUGUUAACGUCCUGUCGUGUCCCGGCUUGCAGCCCCCCAAAAGCAAAAGAAAGCAAAAAAAAAAUACACAACAAAAAUACAACUCUCAGGGAAAUUUUCCACAACGCUGCGCUGUGCGGUGGCACAAAAUUUUCCUUGCAUACUUUACACAAAUGGCCACAGCAGCUAUAACUACAACAGCAACAACAACAACAACCAGCACAGCAGCAACAAAAACAACAGCAAGCAGAUCCAAACCAACACCAUGCAACGCUUUUGUUAUCGCUAAUGUGCGCGUACAUUGUCGAAUGUAUGCUGCAACAACAGCAACUGCUGCCGACGCUGCUGCACUCGAUCGUCGACGCCGACGACGGCGAUGGCAAUGCAGCGGCUCGUCCUUUGCCUGUGCGCUUGUGUUGUGCCUCAGUUUGUUGCUGCCCAGCCACACGCUGGCCGCCAAGCCCAAAUCGGCCACGCAGCUGCAGCACAAGCAGCAGCAGCAACAACAACAACAGCAGCAAGAACAACAGCAAUCGGGUAGCUUUAACAACGAUGUAACGGUUAACAUGGGACGCGGUGGUGUGCCGCCCACUUAUCAGGUUAUAUCAUCGCAAACAUCGAACGAGGAAGCCGAACUACUGUAUCCCUUUCAAUCCGAGGAGCAAAUGCUGGACGAGGAGGAGGAACUCAAUUUGAAUGCGGGGCAUGGCUCUGAUGAGGAUAAUAUGGCCAAUCAGCGUUCCAAUGACACGCACACAGACAAUUCGACCACCACGAAAACGCCAUUAUUUCCAAAAGAUUUAUUCACGAAAGAACAGCUCGAGAACGGCGCUGUCAUCCUGCACAUCAUCGGAGUUAUAUAUAUGUUUGUCGCGCUGGCAAUUGUCUGCGAUGAAUUCUUCGUGCCUUCCCUUGACGUAAUCAUUGAAAAGCUCGGCAUCACUGACGAUGUUGCUGGCGCAACGUUCAUGGCGGCGGGUGGCAGCGCCCCCGAGCUCUUCACGAGUGUUAUUGGCGUUUUCGUGUCGUUCGAUGAUGUUGGCAUUGGUACAAUCGUUGGUUCCGCCGUCUUCAAUAUACUCUUCGUAAUUGGCAUGUGUGCGCUAUUCUCGAAGACGGUCCUAUCUCUGACCUGGUGGCCACUAUUUCGCGAUUGCUCAUUCUAUAGCAUUAGCCUGCUGGUGUUGAUAUACUUUUUUCGCGACAAUCGCAUCUAUUGGUGGGAGGCGCUCAUACUCUUUCUCAUCUAUAUAGCCUAUGUGACCUUUAUGAAGUGGAACGUGCAGGUGGAGCAGUGCGUCAAGAAGAUGAUUACCAAAAACAAGGUGACUCGCGUCAGAAGUACAGAUCAACUUAUGCCAGCAGGUAAUGCGGCGAACUCAUCGGAAACGUCGAUGGCCACACAGCCGGGCGGUUCGGUGACAUCGCGUGCGGCCAGCGAGACGCGCUCGGGUCCGCCCGGCUCGAGCAAUGCGGGCGCUACAGGUAAUAGCAGUGGUGGCACUGCUGGUAGUACACAGACCGGUGCAAAAUUCCGUCAUGGCCUAUUACAGCUAAUGAUACACACGAUAGAUCCACUACACGAUGGCAAAGUGGACGAAAAGGCGACCCAACUGCAUGCGAUCGCCUCCCUAAAGGUGCUGCUGGACGCGACGAAACCGCAACGCGGUGGUGCCACCACCUCGGCGGCCAAUCACGUCAAAAUCAAUCUCAAGGAGACCACACUGGCCGAUCGACCUAAUGGCAAUAUAGACACGACGCUCGAUUCGCCAUCCUUAAGUGGUCGACGUCCUAGCUGGAUUGAGCAGAGGGUCAAAAUUCAGACACGCAAAUUUAGCAUCAAAGCACCUGAAAUAGAAGACGAACCGGAGCCUUUGAGCAUGGCCUGGCCGGAUACGGCACGGAAACGUCUAACCUAUGUUCUGGUCGCUCCAUUGCUGGUACCGAUGUGGCUAACGCUGCCCGAUACGCGCUCGCCCCGCGGCAAACGCUUCUUUCCCGUCACCUUCAUUGGCUCCAUACUGUGGAUAGCCGCCUUCUCAUAUCUGAUGGUAUGGUGGGCCAAUGUGGCCGGCGAUACCGCCCGCAUACCGCCCGAGGUAAUGGGACUGACCUUCCUGGCAGCGGGCACUUCCAUACCGGAUUUGAUAACCUCAGUUAUUGUGGCACGCAAAGGCUUUGGUGAUAUGGCUGUGUCUAGCUCUGUGGGCAGCAAUAUAUUCGAUGUAACUGUGGGCUUGCCAAUUCCCUGGCUACUUUAUGGUAUUAUCUACGAUGCACCAGUUGAGGUCAACUCUGUAGGCAUGGUUUGUUCCAUUACGAUUUUGUUUAUGAUGCUGGUGUUUGUGGUAAUGUCAAUUGCCUGCUUCCGAUGGCGCAUGAACAAGGGGCUGGGAUUUACCAUGUUUCUACUGUAUUUUGUCUUUGUUGCUGUUUCGCUGAUGUUCGAAUACGAUAUGAUCACUUGUCCAGUGUAAGAAGCGAAUAUGACGAACAAAGACAAAAUUACAAACACAGCCGAUGGCGAUAGCGAUAACGUUAACGAUAGCGAUAGCCGAUCAGCGCAAUAUACAUACAUGUUUGAUAACAACAACCAAAACGACAACAACAACAUCCACUUAGCUAAAUUAUAUACAAACAAAUUAAUGAAUUAAUUAAUGAAUUAAACAAAGGACUUAACUAAAUAAUCGAAUUGUUAAACCCACACACAUACUACACACAUAGAAUCACAUACAUGGCAGAAGCAUUAAUAAAGAAUGAAACAAAAAUAAAUAAGAAUUACAUAAAAAUAUGAAAACUUAACGUAAAAUGCGAGUUAGUUAGUGCAACUAAGUGCAUCGUUUCCUUUUCGAAAGACAUUUACUUUAAAAUGUUUAGUCGCAGCUUUUUAAUGACAACAUUGAACAACCUAUAAACGAUUCUUAAGCUCUCUCUAUCUUACUAUCUUCUACUCAACU